AAAGGUCAGCUGAAGCAGGAAGUGUCCAGAAUUAUUUCAGUCCAGGACCAGCUAAGCUGAAUUUACUUGCAGCCUCCUCUUAAUUGCAGACAUGUGGCAGCAGUUCUUGCAGACUGUCCGGUCUUUCGACACAUCCCAGAAAAAUGUGGUCGCAGCUUCCUGUAUUGCAGGAGGUGGAAGCUUCCUGAUUUACUGGCUCCUGACAAGGCACAGGAUGAAGACUCUAGAAAUAGGAGAUGGAUGGUGGAGCUCAGAUGAAAAACCACCAACAAAUCAAGAAGAUGAAGGAAUUAGACCAUUCCAAGUGAAAACCUCUGAGAAGGAAAUCCAGGAUUUGUACCAGCGGCUCGACCAGACCCGCUAUACACCACCACUAGAGGGAGCUGCCUUCAAUUAUGGUUUCAACUCUAACUAUUUGCAGAAAGUGGUCUCCUACUGGAGAAAUCAGUUUGACUGGCAGAAACAAGUUAAAAUCCUUAACCAGUACCCACAUUAUAAAACCACCAUUGAAGGGAUUGAAGUUCAUUUUAUUCAUGUGAAGCCGUCUCAUAUCUCAAAAGACCAAUCCAUCAGACCUUUGCUGAUGGUGCAUGGCUGGCCUGGCUCCUUUUAUGAAUUUUAUAAGAUCAUCCCCUUGCUUGCUGAUCCAGUUGGUCAUCUUUCAAACAGUGAAGAUGUAGUGUUUGAGAUUAUUUGUCCAUCCAUCCCAGGCUAUGGCUUUUCUGAGCCUCCCCACCAGCAGGGCUUUGACGCAAUGGCUGCAGCUCGGAUUUUUCACAAGCUGAUGCAGAGACUGGGUUUCCAGGAAUAUUACCUACAAGGCGGGGACUGGGGCUCCCGAAUCACCACACUCAUGGCACAGAUGCUGCCAAAAUAUGUAAAAGGACUUCACCUUAACAUGGUCUUCCUAUCCAAACUUGGUUGGAGUGCCCUGGUAGAUUUACUACUGGGAGCAUAUGUACCAUGGCUGGUGGGCCUAACUAGGGAAGACUCACGGCGCAUGUUCCCUUAUUUUAAGAAACUGUAUGAUAUAUUGCGUGAAACUGGCUAUAUGCACAUCCAAGCCACCAAACCAGACACAGCAGGGUGUGGACCGAAUGACUCCCCUGUAGGACUUGCUGCAUACAUCCUAGAGAAAUUUUCCACCUGGACAGAUAUAUCAUUCCGCAGCAUGGAAGAUGGGGGUUUGGAAAGGAAAUACUCUCUGGAUGAACUUCUGACAAAUGUCAUGAUUUACUGGGUGACUUCCUCCAUUGUGCCUUCAAUGCGCUUUUAUAAAGAGAAUUUUUCCAAGGAUCCAAAUACUCUUCCUGAUACCAGGCUUGGAGUUUAUGUUCCAACUGGCAUUGCUGCAUUCCCCAAUGAGCUGGUUCAUUGCCCACGCUCCUGGGCAAAGAAGAAAUUUAAAAACAUUGUCACCUACACCUACAUGCCCCAGGGAGGGCAUUUUGCUGCCUUUGAGGAACCAGAGCUCUUGGCUCAAGACAUCAAGCAAUUUGUGAGGAAGGUUGAACAUCUGAAUUAAACCAUGUAACAAACCUUUUUCAGAAAACACUUUAUCAACCAAACAUUGUAAAUUUCUGACCAACUUGUAUCACUUACAACAAAAUGUUGUUUAUUAAGUUCUAGACAGUUGGAUUUUCUUCUGUGAGAAA